AUGGCCUCAAACUCAGCUAAGUCUUUCCUGGCAGAUGCUGGCUAUGGCGAACAGGAAUUGGAUGCUAACUCUGCUCUUAUGGAAUUGGACAAAGGUCUAAGAUCUGGCAAACUUGGAGAACAAUGUGAAGCAGUUGUUCGUUUUCCCAGACUCUUUCAAAAGUAUCCAUUCCCUAUUCUCAUCAAUUCUGCAUUCCUAAAGUUAGCUGAUGUUUUCAGAGUUGGAAACAAUUUCCUGAGGCUUUGUGUUCUUAAGGUUACCCAACAAAGUGAGAAGCAUUUGGAGAAGAUUCUAAAUGUGGAUGAAUUUGUGAAGAGAAUUUUCUCUGUGAUUCAUAGUAAUGAUCCUGUGGCAAGAGCCAUCACACUCCGUGUUCCAGGAUUAUCUUCUGUAUUGGUUUCAAUUGGUAUCUCAUUGCUUUGUUACAGAGGGGAUUUUGCUGUAGGAAUCUGUAAUAAAAUCAGUGAAAUGAUUCAAGGAUUAGCCACACCAGUAGACUUGAAGCUGAAGUUGAUUCCCAUCCUACAGCACAUGCACCAUGAUGCAAUCCUGGCUUCCAGUGCUCGCCAGCUUUUACAGCAGCUGGUCACGUCCUAUCCUUCUACCAAAAUGGUGAUUGUUUCUCUGCACACUUUUACUCUGCUUGCAGCUUCAUCUUUGGUUGAUACGCCUAAACAGAUUCAGCUUCUAUUGCAGUACUUGAAGAAUGACCCCAGGAAAGCAGUAAAGAGACUUGCUAUUCAAGAUCUGAAAUUACUUGCCAAUAAAACACCACAUACUUGGAGUAGGGAAAACAUUCAGGCACUCUGUGAAUGUUCCCUUCAGACUCCUUAUGACAGCUUAAAACUAGGCAUGCUGUCUGUCCUUUCUACACUGUCAGGGACCAUCGCCAUCAAACAUUUCUUCAGCCUAGCUCCAGGAAAUACGGGUUCUUCUCCUAGAUGCUCGGAUUUAGUCAGAUUAGCCCAAGAGUGCUGUUACCACAAUAACAGGGGCAUUGCAGCUCAUGGAGUCAGAGUCCUAACUAAUAUAACUGUCUCUUGUCAAGAAAAAGACCUUUUGGUACUGGAACAAGAUGCUGUCUUUGGCCUGGAAUCUCUUCUGGUACUUUGUAGUCAAGAUGACAGUCCAGGUGCUCAAGCCACUUUAAAGAUUGCUCUUAACUGUAUGGUGAAGCUGGCCAAGGGUAGGCCCCACCUUAGCCAGUCAGUGGUUGAGACCUUGUUGACUCAGUUGCACAGUGCUCAGGACACUGCCCGGAUACUGCUGUGCCAUUGCCUGGCAGCCAUUGCCAUGCAGCUGCCAGUGCUGGGUGAUGGAAUGCUUGGGGACCUCAUGGAGCUCUACAAGGUGAUUGGACGGUCUGCCACAGACAAGCAACAGGAACUUCUGGUGAGUUUGGCUACUGUGAUUUUUGUAGCCAGUCAGAAAGCAUUAUCUGCUGAAGUAAAGGCAGUAAUUAAGCAGCAGCUUGAAAGUGUCUCCAAUGGAUGGACUGUAUACCGAAUUGCCAGACAGGCGUCCAGAAUGGGUAAUCAUGACAUGGCUAGAGAGCUUUAUCAGAGUUUGCUGACUCAAGUUGCCUCAGAACACUUCUACUUCUGGCUGAAUAGUUUGAAAGAGUUCUCACAUGCAGAACAGUGUCUCACUGGGUUGCAAGAGGAGAAUUAUAGUUCAGCACUUUCUUGCAUUGCUGAGUCUUUAAAAUUCUACCACAAAGGGAUUGCUUCCUUAACAGCUGCCAGUACACCGCUGAAUCCUUUAAGUUUUCAGUGUGAGUUUGUGAAACUCAGGAUUGACCUUCUGCAGGCCUUCUCUCAACUUAUCUGUACUUGUAAUAGCCUGAAGACAAGUCCACCACCUGCAAUUGCCACGACAAUUGCCAUGACUUUAGGAAAUGACCUUCAGAGAUGUGGUCGCAUCUCCAAUCAGAUGAAACAGUCCAUGGAAGAAUUUCGGAGCCUCGCAUCUCGAUAUGGAGAUCUUUAUCAGGCAUCUUUCGAUGCUGACUCAGCAACUUUGAGGAAUGUAGAAUUACAGCAGCAAAGCUGUUUAUUGAUAUCUCAUGCAAUAGAAGCCUUGAUUUUGGAUCCAGAAUCAGCAAGUUUCCAGGAAUACGGAUCUAGUGGAGCAGCCCAUGCUGAUAGUGAAUAUGAGAGAAGAAUGAUGUCUGUAUAUAAUCAUGUCUUGGAAGAGGUGGAAUCACUCAAUCGAAAAUACACCCCUGUUUCUUAUAUGCAUACAGCAUGCCUCUGCAAUGCCAUCAUUGCUCUGCUGAAAGUUCCCCUUUCAUUUCAAAGAUAUUUCUUCCAGAAAUUGCAGUCGACUAGCAUUAAGCUUGCUCUGUCACCAUCACCCCGGAACCCAGCAGAGCCCAUCGCUGUCCAGAACAACCAGCAACUGGCACUAAAGGUAGAGGGAGUGGUUCAGCAUGGAUCUAAACCAGGACUCUUUCGCAAAAUUCAGUCUGUCUGUCUGAAUGUUUCUUCCACACUACAGAGUAAAUCUGGACAAGACUAUAAGAUACCCAUUGACAACAUGACCAAUGAGAUGGAGCAGAGAGUUGAACCUCAUAAUGAUUACUUCAGUACUCAGUUUCUGUUGAACUUUGCUAUCCUUGGAACACACAACAUUACAGUGGAAUCUUCAGUGAAAGAUGCCAAUGGUAUUGUAUGGAAGACUGGUCCCAGAACUACCAUAUUUGUAAAAUCCCUGGAAGAUCCUUAUUCCCAGCAAAUUCGCCUACAGCAGCAGCAAGCCCAGCAACCUUUACAGCAGCAACAACAACGAAAUGCCUACACACGAUUUUAGCUAUGUGAUGAAUGCAUAAUGGACUUUAAAAGGAUUGAUCAAAUUGGCAAAGAAUUUGUUUUUUCAUGUGGAUUAAGAUAUGAAAGUUAAAAUGUAGAAUCCAUUUAUUCAUUGAUUUUUGUAAUGUCAUAUACUGG